GUACUCUUCCCGUUGGCGUUUAAACACCUCGGCCCACCGACCAAACCCUCUCAACCGGUCAAUUGGUCCACCCUUUUUCUCUUCCCCUUCCCACUGGGCAGAGAGAAAGAGAGAGAGAGAGAGAGAGAGAGAGAGAGAGAGUACUAAUUCUCGACACCGGGAAAGGAAAAGGAAAAAGAAGGGGAAAAAAGAUGCUUCCCAUCGCCAGGCCGCCGUCGCGCCUAGUCCACGCCCGCAUCGGCCUGCGCACCACCGCCAACCUUCCGAGAUGGCAGUCCCUCUUCGCCCCCGCCCUGCGUCAUAACCUCCCGUCGCCGUCCGCCGCCCGUCGACAGCCCUACUCCUCCGGGCUCCCUCCUUUCCCCCCUCCUCCGCCCCCCCCGCCGAGCUCCUCUGCCUCGAAGGACGAAGUCAAACAAGCCUCUCCGACAAGCGAGCUAUCCUCCUCCUCCUCCUCCUCCUCCUCCUACCCGAGCUCAGAUGCCACGACUUCGAGCUCCGCCAAGGCUCCCGACUCGAGCUCGAGGUCGGCCGCGUCCUCCUCGACUCAACCCACAAACGACGACACCGCUACCACCAUUUCCUCGGACCCCAGCUCCUCCAAACCCAAACCCGAUGACCCCCUCCCCGAAAUAGCCACCAAGAUCUACACCGCCCUCCCGCCCGCCCUCUCCGAAAGGCUCUCCCACCUCAUGGACACCGUCCAGACCCGCCUUCUGACGGCCUCGACUACCCUCAACACCCUCACCGGCUACUCGCCCAUCGAGGCCAUCAAGGAACAGAACACCCUCCUCGAGACCCGCCUCGCCGAGGCCCAGGCCCUCGUCCGCACCGCCCGCGCCACCUACAAGACCACCAACGCGAAGCGCGCCACCACCCAGCGCGAGGUCACCACCCUCCUCGCCCGCAAGGAGAUGUGGUCCCCGACCGACCUCGAGCGCUUCACCCAGCUCUACCGCCAGGACCACUCCCUCGAGCAGGAGGUCUCCGCCGCCGCCGAGGCCCUCACCGACGCCGAGCACGCCGAGCAGGCCCUGGGCCAGCAGCUCAACGCCGGCAUCCUGAAGCGUUACCAUGAGGAGCAGAUCUGGUCCGACCGCAUCCGCCGCGCCUCCACCUGGGGCACCUGGGGCCUCAUGGGCGUCAACGUCCUGCUCUUCAUCGUCCUACAAUUCGUCGCCGAGCCCUGGAAGCGGAGGAGGCUCGUCCUUGGCGUCGUCGAGGAGGAGAAGGCCGUCCUCGAGGGCGUCACCGCCGAGCUGGCCGGUCUGAAGGCCGCCUUGGCGCAGAGGGAGGCCACGGAUGCCGCUGCUGAUGCCGCCACUGCCGCCGCUGCCGCCGCUGCGGCGACGACGCCCGCGCCAUCCGUGGUGAUGGAGGAAGAGACGCUUGUCGCGGAGUCCACGGAAGCGGCUGAGGCUGAGGCUGCGGCAGCGGUUGCGACAGCGGAAGCAACAGCGACCGGAGCGGCCGCAGCAGGAGCGGAAGCGCUGAGCGCCAAGCUCGAGGAGCCGGCCGUCCAGCACGAGAUGGAGCGAGAGGUCGCCAGUGCCCUCGAAGCACUGGAGCAAGAGGUCCCGACGCCCAAGUCGUGGCGCGAGUUCCUCACCGACCCUGCGCUUCCGGCAUUGCUCAAGGCGAAGUUGGUCGAUCUGUAUAGUGAGCGUCACAUCGACCUCCGCAUGCGAGACGCCUCGAUCCUCGCUCUCGAGGGCGCUGCUGCCGGAGCUACCUUGGCGGGAGGCAUCGCCCUGCUGCUCUUGCGACGAACAUAAGUCACGCCACUCCCU